AUGGCUGCUUCUGUCAACAACAUUGCAGCUACAUUCGCCACAGCGCCAAUUCCGUCAUCCUCUUCUUCUUCUUCUAAUCAAGCCACCUUUGCUCUUUCCAUGUCGCGUAAACCCAUUUCCACAUCAUGGAAUCCUCACAGAAGUCUUCAUCGGUCCCAAAAAUCCUUUUUCAUUAAUCUCUAUGGACCACCGGGCCCGCCGCCUCCCUUCCAAGAAAUCUCCACAGCCAGAGACCCCAGACUCGCAUCCAUUUCCAUAGGCGGGAAGCUCCCUAAUGCGACUCUCUCCUCCCUCGGCCCAAACGGCAGGGUUCAAAACGUUGACAUUUCGAGCCUCGCCAAGGGAAAGAAACUCCUUCUGGUGGGCGUCUCGGCCGCCUUCUCACCCAACUGCACUCGUUUCGUCAAACGGAUUGAGGCAAUGAAAGGGAAGAGCGCGGAUUUGAUAGCAUGUGUGGCCAUCAACGAUGAAUUCGUGAUGAGGGCGUGGGGCCAACAUCUUGGGGUUGGUGAGAAGGUGAUGAUGUUAUCAGAUGGGCGUGGAGAGUUAGCCACAGCACUUGGGCUGUCUACCCAUAUUCAGAAUGAUGUUAGCGCCGGUUCGGGAUUGGGUGUACGGUCCAGGAGGUUUUGCUUAGCUGCUGUCAACGGCCUCAUCACCACCGUUCACUUGGACGAUUCUGAUGAUUACUGCAUUUCUCACGCAACUGGACGGUGCUGA